AUGUCACUUUCGAUCCCAAUGCCGUUCCCAUCGUCGCGGCCAAUGUCACUUUCGUUCCCAAUGCCGUUCCCAUCGUCGAGGCGGUACUGUUGCCCUUGCCUCCGCCGCCUAUUCGUCGCCCUCCCUUCCCCUUGCCUUCGCGCUCGCUUCCCCUGCCCGUCGCACUCCCGUCUCUUUUCCAUCGCGCACCCUGCCCCGUUCCCUCGCUUCCCCUGCCCGUCGCGCUCCCUUUUCCUGCUCGUCGCGCUCCCUUCUCCUGUUCGUCGCGCUCCCUUCUCCUGCUCGUCGCGCUCCCUUCUCCUACGCUUCUCCCCCUUCCCUACGCGCUAUUCCCCCUUCUCUACUCGCUGCUCCCCUUCCCUAGACGCUGCUCCCCCUCCCUAUGCGCUACUCCCCCUCCCUACGCGCUGCUCCCCUUCCCUAGGCGCUGCUCCCCUUCCCUACGCGCUGCUCCCCUUCCCUACUCGCUACUCCCCUUCCCUACGCGCUACUCCCCCUCCUUACGCGCUGCUCCCCUUCCCUACGCGCUGCUCCCCUUCCCUACGCGCUGCUCCCCUUCCCUACGCGCUACUCCCCUUCCCUACGCGCUACUCCCCCUUCCCACUCAUCCCUUCUCUUUCCUUUCCGUCUCGCCUUCUCUCCUUCCUUCCCUCUUCCCUACCGUCCUUCCCGUCCCUCCCGUCGCCCAACACCUUCCGUCCACACAGGGCAACCGCCUUGCAUCGGGCCUGUCACUACACACUUACAUGUGACACUCACUCCCGUUCUGCAAACUCACUCCCCUCCUCUCCUCUCCCUUUCCCCGUGUCCUUCCCUCCAUUUCCCCCCCUGUCCCUUCCCUGCCAUCCCCCGUGUCCUUCCCUCCGUUUCCCACCUUGUCCCUCCCUCCACCUCCCCCCUGUCUUUCCCUCCGUUUCCCCCCUUGUUCCUCUCUCUCUUUCUCUGUGUCCUUCCCUCCUGCCCCCACCUUCCCCCUCCCUUCCUUUCCUCCAUUCCUAA